AUAUAAUUUUUGCACCUGAAAAAGAAUAUUCGGUUGACUUUUUUAAACUAUCAAAUAAUUGAGGCCGGCCAAAGUGGGUUUUAGAAAUUAGAAGUUGAAGAAGAACAUCAUACCUUCUUUUCUCAGUGUUUUGUUAAGCAAAUGAAGGUGGUGGUAAGAGAAUCCACGAUGGUGAGGCCAGCCGAGGAGGAGGAGACACAGGCGAAAAGGCUAUGGCUAUCUAGCCUUGACCUCAUGGCCCCGAAUUUUCAUGCGCAACAAGUGUAUUUUUACCGGCCCAAUGGUGCUCCCAACUUUUUCGAUACAAGAGUGAUGAAGGACGCUUUGAGCAAGGCGUUGGUUGCGUUUUACCCGUUGGGAGGGCGGCUAGAGCGAGGCGAAGAUGGGCGUAUUGAGAUCGAUUGUCGAGGACAAGGGGCGUUGUUUGUGGACGCUGAGUCGGAUGGCGUUAUCGAUGAUUUUGGUGACUUUGCACCUGGAUUGGAGUAUUUGAAACUCGUUCCAACGGUUGAUUACUCGCUCGGAAUUGAAUCCUUUCCUCUCCUCAUCUCCCAGGUAACUCACUUCAGAUGUGGUGGAGUUUCACUAGUAGUUGCAUUUCACUAUUAUGUUGUAGAUGGCACAUCCGCGAUGCACUUCACAAACGCGUGGUCCGAUAUAGCUCGUGGCCUCGACAUCGCUAACCCACCCUUCAUGGACCGGACCCUCCUUCGUGCACAGGACCCACCACAACCCGUUUUUAAGCACGUUGAAUACCACCAAGAUCAAACAAUGAAUUCGCUACGCCAAGUCCCAAUAGAUGAACCCAAAACUGUGUGCACAAUGUUCAAGUUAACACGAAACCAACUCAACAUGCUUAGAGCAACAUCAAAGGAAGAUGGUAACACAAUCCGCUACAGCACUUUUGAAAUCGUUGCGGGCCAUGUUUGGAAGUGCGUUUGUAAAUCCCGCUGGCUGUGUGAAGAUGUUGGCACCAAGGUUUACGUCGUCACCAAUGGGCGCGCACGGUUACGCCCACAACUUCCACCGGGCUAUUUCGGGAACGUUAACUUCACAACUACUGCCAUAGCGACGGCGGGUGAAAUUCAAUCGCAACCUAUCGGGUACGCCGCAAGUAAAAUCCAUGAUGCUUUAGUGACCAUGAAUAGUGACUAUCUAAAAUCGGCACUCGAUUAUCUCGAACAACACCUUGAUCAAAAGCCUAUAGUUUCGUAUGAAUACGCGAAUAUAAGAAUAGUAAGUUGGGGUAGGCUCGGGAUUCACGAUGCGGACUUUGGAUGGGGCCCGCCCGUCUUCGUGGGGCCUUUACGGAUCCGGUUAGAAGGUAUGUGUUUUGUGUUACCAAGCCCCAUAAACGACGGGGGUUUGUCGAUCAUCAUUCGGCUAGAAGUUGAACAAAUGAAGCUUUUCAGCAACUUGUUGUAUGCAAUUAAUAUGCUUGAAAGUUCAUUAUGAAUUUUCAUUUCAAUAACUUAUUUAUGUUACCAUACACCCGGAAUGUUUAUUGCAACAAACUUUUAUGAUGAUCUAUGUGUUUGUUGUUGAAGUAUUCAAAUUAGUAUGUGCCCCUUGUCUA